AUGAACCAGAUCAAAUCGAUUCAAAAACUAAGUUUACAAGAGCUUGAAAGCGGCAUUCUUACGCCAUCGUCCUCGUGGCACCAUGAGUAUAGAGAUCAGGCAUAUAUUUAUAUCGGAGGGCUGAACAAAGAACUUACAGAAGGCGAUGUUUUGACAGUAUUCUCUCAAUAUGGUGUACCGGUAGAUGUCAAGCUUGUGAGAGAUCCCGAGACAGGUGAAUCAAAAGGUUUUGGAUACUUGAAAUACGAGGAUCAACGGUCAACCGUUCUUGCAGUUGAUAAUCUCAAUGGAGCCAAUGUCGGCGGUCGAGUGCUUCGAGUAGACCACACCUUUUACACACCUCGAAAAGCCGAUCAAGAGUAUACUGAUGCUGUCAGAGCUGAGCUACGAAAAGACAUGAUUGAUGAAGAUCUAAAAGUGUCGUCGAACCAAACAUUGACGGUUACAUCCAACUUAGAAGGAAAUUCAAACAAAGACAAUGAUCUAAAUGCUGAUGAUGAAUUCAAAGACCCUAUGGCAGAUUAUAUAUGA